UUUCCUAUUUUAUUUUAUUGCCAAAUCAUCAUCAUCAUCAAGUUUUGGUGGAUCAUGAUUGAUGAAUAAAUAUUUCACAUUUUAAGACUAUAUAUGCGUGGAUUCAGGAAACUUGAAAGUGCAACCAAAAGUGUUUUGUUGGCCAAUCAUUGCUUUCAUUCAUUUCAUCAACAACAUCAAAAAAUUGCAAACAAAUUUACCGUACAUCAUAGAGAUGUGAUUAUAUACACAGCUCACCUAAACGGUGAUAAACACGAGACCAACAAACAACAUUGGAGACCAAAUCCCAGAUAAGCCCAUUAUUUGGGAGAAACAUUUUAUCAUUAUCGUUACCAAGUGCAACCAUUAAAAACUACAAUUCAGUAUUAUCAUUGGUUUUUUCAUUCUCAUUGAUAAUCUUAUUCGAUAAAUUCUGAAUGAAAAAUGCAAUCCAAUACCACCGUAGAACAGUCAUUGAAUGAUGAUCAUGAAACAAAUACCCGUUCUCAACAAUCGAUUAGAAAUGAAAAGCAAAUGUUCAUACAAAGGAAUUCAUCGACAUGUUCAUCUCCAUUGGAAUCACCGAAAAUUCCCAUCGAUUCUCAAUCACGAUCAUCAUCAUCAUUAUCGUAUUCGUAUACAUUAUUUCCAUCGACCAUUUCGGGCGUAUUACAUGCACAAAAUUCCGGUGCUCUGGAUUGGUCCUCGAAUGGUCUUAUAGCAUAUGGUUGCCAAAAUCUUGUGGUCAUUGUCGAUACACGGCCCACUUUAUCAUUUCGUCAAACUUUACAUCGACACAAACAUAUUGUUUGCCUGGUUAAAUGGUCACCAUUAACCAAUCAUCUUUGUCUGUGUUCAAUCGAUACGAUCGGUAUGAUUGUCGUAUGGGAUGUGAUUGAAUCUGCGCCGUUAACAGUCAUUUUAUCGACCACUGAAAAUCGUUCCAUUAGUUUUAUUCAUUGGAUUCAUUUGGAUAAAAAAUUAUCAACACCGAAUCGUAAUUCUGUGACCGGAAAAAUUAAUUGUUGGGAUUUGGUUGAUUUUGACAUGUCUAAACCCGAUAAUAAUGACCAAGAAGAUGAAAAAUCGGAUAAUUGCAAAAACAAUGAUAAUAUUGCUGGAUGUUUGGCUACAAAUCUCUACCUAUUAUCAUUCUAUCCUCAUAACAAUACUAUUAUUGUUUAUGAUGCUGAUCUUGGUGAACCAGUAUGUCGUUGGCAAAUCGAUUGUCUUGUAUCGCAUAUUCAUUUCAAUCCAUUUUUCUAUUUCAAUCGUUGCUGUAAUACAAGUAUGCAGAAUUUAUUGUUCGAAUUUCGAUCAACAAAUUCUGAUCGUAUCUAUCUUGGUCUGGCUCGAUUGGAUGAACAUCAUCUUAAAGAUAAUGAUCAAACGUCAAAAGAACCACAAAAAAUACAUCUACCCAUCACAAUGUAUGUAUUGAAGAAGAUCAACAACAAAUCCGGAUACUUUGAUCUGAUACAACGACUAGAUAAAAGUAAAUUGACCAAUGAUCUGAUCGCCAUCAAAGACCAUACACAAUCAUCAGCCGGUAUUCGUAAUAAUUCAAUCACACAAGGACUUACACCGCACACGAUUAAUAAUGAUUAUCAAUUAUUACAGAUUGAAUUCCAUAAAGCUGUGAGAAAUCAGAUUUUUCUCGUAUUUUCACGUGAUAUCUAUCUAAUCGAUUUGUCAAUGGAAAUGAUCAUCACAACGAUACCGAUCGAAAGAAAUUUUUCACGUUUAAACAAAAUUUUCUCUUGUGGUCUUCGAAAUGCAUUCUAUGCGUUACACGAAAAUGGCAACGUAUCAUUUCGAUUGUAUCAGAAAAAAAUUAUUCGUGACAAUCUUUCCAUCAAUCAUAAUAAUCAACAUCGAUCCGAUGAAUUAGGUAAUCAGGCAAAUUUCCUCAACAUUGGCUAUGUGAAUCUUUGUUAUUCCGAACCAAUAAGGUUGACUAAACAGAACAAAAUCUUUGGCUAUUCUUUAUCACCAUUUGAUGAGACGAAAGUAGCAUUCCUAUUGAGUACUGGACGUAUCAUUUUUAAAUCAUUAUUAUGUCAAAAAUCAUCAUUCGUUCAUAAUUUGUCAUUGCCAUCGUUGAAUGAUUUGAUCAAACCUCAAGAAUAUAAACUUGGUGCUUUUCUUAUCAAUGCUAAUGAACAUGAUGAUGAUGAUGAUGAUGAUAUCGGUCAUGAAGAUCAACGUAAACAAUCGGUUUCUGAUGCCAUUCUAUAUAAAAUUAUUGUUACAAAUUAUUUAAGUGGUCUAAAUUCAUUGCCCACCGUCAUAAGAAUGGCACCACCAUUAACCGUGCAAAAUCUAAAUGAACAUAAACCAUUAUUGGCCGUCGGUGAUAGUCUAGGAAUUCUACAGAUUUGGCUAUUGAACAAUAAUACGGCAACAUUACAUCGUGAAUUUUGUGCACAUUCAUAUGCUAUUGCUGGUGUGGAAUGGGCCAAUCUUACAUCUUUGAUUACUUUCUCAUAUCCAACGAUAACAUCGCCGGCACAUUCUUACACCAGACACCCAUUAAGUGCCUUACAAAAUCUAACAACUGGUUCGGGAAGUAGUUCUGGAAGAGUGACAAAUGAAUUGAUUCAUAUCGAUAUCGAAACCGGAAAGUUGAGUUCAUUUCGUACGAAUCAUAUGACUGAUUCAUCGCCAAUCGAAACGAUUCGUGUAUCACAUCUGAAACAAUAUCUUAUCAUUUUAUUCAAACAUGACGAUCCAUUUGAAAUUUGGGAUGUGCGAACCUUGACCAUAUUACGUACAAUGUCCAAAUCAAUUGGUCUAGUGACGGCUGUAGAAUGGAGUCCAUUGUACAAUCGAAAACAAAUGGCCAAAAACAGUGCUGCUACUUCUGAUCUUGGUAGUGAUUCCGAUACUGGAUCAAUAAGAUCAACAUCAUCAUUGAUUCAUCCAUUACCGGUUAAAGAAAAUUUCAUUGUCAUGUCACGUGAAUUAUAUCAUUUCUCUAUCGAAGGCAAUAUCGUACGAGAAUUGGCAAGGAUACCAUCUGAUGUUGAAAGCGGCAAUAUUACCGUUACAAGUAUCGCAUGGAAAAGUGACCAGGUAUUGUUUGGCGAUGCAUCCGGUACUCUUAAUCUUUGGGAUCUGAAACGGAAAAAUUCACGAACCGAAGCUACAUAUCGUACUUGUAUUAAAAAAGUUCGUUUCGGUCCUGGUCGCGGUAAUAUGAAGUGUCUGAUCCUUUAUGCUGAUUUUGGUGUUGAUAUCUGGGAUAUUGAAGAAUUUCGUCUAUGUUCACAGUUGAAAUUUCCCAGAGAUAUUAAUUUCAAAAUCAUCGAUUUCGAUUGGGUUAGCUGUGAUCUACCUGUAUUUGCUACGGCAGAAGGAUUUAUCGUCAUAUCUGACCAAAAACUAAAAACCUAUUCUUCACCAUUGAAUAGUUCACGUUUAUCCAAUUGGUCAUUCGCUAGGUUGGAUUUAUCGCAAUUUCGUUUUGAAGAUUUAAAUACAAAUUUUCUAGACUUUGGCCACCGUAAAGAAUUGAUACGAAAAUUUUUAUUUGAAAUCCCAUUUACAAAGCGAUCCAUUUCAACAGAUGAUGGUUAUGAAAAUCAUGAUGAUGAUCAAGAGCAACAUCGAUCCAAUAAUGAUGAUGAAUCACAAAUGAUUGUCGACAUUCGACAAUAUAUUGAUAAUCAAAUUUUAUUGGCAAAAUUAUUUUCCAAUCAAAAUGACUAUGAUUUUUGGCUAUUACUUGGCUCCAUAUUGCUUGAUGAAGAACUUGAUUCACGUAUGGAUCUAUUUCUUGAUAAUCAAAAUUUUCGUCAAUUAUUACAGGAAAAACUUAUGCUCUUGGAGCAUAAUCGGCGUACUUAUUUCCAUGCUAAUCAAGUAUAUCGGAUGAAUUUGAAUCUGAAAAAUUUUCAUCGUGCCGUACAGGUUCUAUUGGAAAGUGAACAUUUAUUCAAUCAAUCGAAUCGAAUUGACGAUUCAAUGGAUAAGCAAGCAUUCUAUGUGGAUGCAUUGAAAGCUUGUUUAAUUGCCGCUUUACAGCAGACAUCGAAUAAUGUUUCUUCCAAAUGUAAUCAAUCGAAAGAUAAUAAUCGAUUUGUAAGCGGUGAUGAUUAUUCAAUCGAAAAUUGUUCAUUAACCGAAAAUGAUGAUAGUAGUAAUCAUCAAACGCAUGAAGAGGAUAAUAGUAUUGAAAAUGAUGAUUCCAAUCAUUCGAUGAUGCUGAAUGAAACCAGAGUGGCACCGGUUGUGAAAUUAGUUUCCACUAGUCUCAUUGCUAAUGGUCAUAUUACCGAAGGUAUAGAAUUAUUGACAAUCAUAUCGAAAACAUCCGAUGCAUGUCGUUAUCUUCAAAGCUCAGAACAAUGGUUUGAUUCCAUUUGGUUGGCAAAGUCAAGUCUGGAUGGCAAUGAAUGUACGGAAAUUAUGCGUCGUUGGUGUGAUUAUUUGAUCUCAUCCAAACGAUAUUAUGAUCAACAGACAGCAUUGAAAAUCUAUCUAUCACGGCGACAAUUUAGUCGUGUCCUGCGUGCAUUAAAUCAAUUUGGUGAUUGUAAAUCAUUUCCAUUGGCUGUCAUCUGUAUUGGCGCACAAUUAAUCGAUAUGGAUGCAAAUAUGGAUUGUAUUGAGAAUAUAUUUCGAAAUUUCGCCAAUCAUUUUUUUGAUGAUGAAUCAUUAUUCGAAAAAAUCAAAGAUUCAAAUUGUCUAAACAUCGAUAUUGAUGAUUCGUUGAAAAAAUGUUGGGCACUGUUUUUUCCGGCAAAAACAUGAUUGAUUUUUUCUUCCAACACAUUCUCAUUGUUAUUUGUUUUGUUUUAUUUACUACUUUUUUGAUCAGAUAUUAUGAUAUGAAUGAAAAAAUGAUAUUUCAACCCCAAAUUUGAAAAUUUGUCUAUUUCAACUCUAGUGACGAAUAAUAAAAAAU